GUGUUUUCGACUCGUUUUGCCUGCUUAGUUAUGGAAUUGUAGAGUAGAACCGAAAGCUUUUUGUGUCAAGGCACCGGCGUACUUUUUGAAUUCGUUGGAAGAAAACCGUCUUUCAAUGGUUGCUCGUAGAUUACCUUGAUGAAGUGUGCACUUUCAUUUCACUGGGUUUCAUAACAGUUGUUGGAGGUUAUACUGUUCUAUUUACUUGCAAGAGUUUGUCAAGUACGAAAUGCCGCGCCUCAGAGCUCUCAAUGAAAGUUCAUCCGACGAAAGUGAGGAGGAUAACGAGGAGAAGGAGACCAUCGAAGCGCAGGAGGACCGGGCAUUCUCACUUUACAAAAGGGCUUUGGAGUUACGUCAAAGAGGUAGUUAUUCUGAUGCUGAAGAGUUGUUAAUAUCCAUCCUCAAUGACGAUUUCUUAGCAAACGUUUCCCCUGAGGAGCUCUCUGAUGGACAUGCACGUCCAGCAGCUGCACUCAAGUAUGCAUGUUUAAAAAAUUUAGGCAAUGUUUUAGUCCUUCAAAACCGUGCCGAAGAUGGCCUUAAAUGUUUUAUUCAAGCUGUUGAACUUGACAAUUCAGAUGUGACUAUGUGGCAUCAGAUGGGCAAAGUGGCACUUCAAAUUGAUGAUUUUCAUCUGGCAAGUCGUGCUUUCCAAGAGGGUCUUCGAUGUAAUUCACGCCAUUGGCCCUGUUUGGAUUUGCUUUUGCCUUUGCUGUAUGCAUUGAAUGAUUACUUGGGAUGCUUACUGCUUGUGUCACGCACUCUUGAGCUUGAUGCAGAAUACCCUCAGGCCUUGGCACUUCAGAACCAAAUUGCCAAGGAAGAUAGAAAUCUCAUACAAAACUUCAAAUUCUUUUUUCCUGGAGAAAGAGAUAUUUCUGAAGUGUGUUGUGACAUACCAGAAGAAGAAUUGUCCAAUCUUAUUUCUCAUGCAUUGUCUCUUCAAGAGCGAUAUAGAUCAAAAAUAUCUGAACCUUUAAAAGAAGAUUUGCACUGUGCAAAGAUUGCUAUAAAACUUCAAUCCAAUACCUGGGAGGAUCUAGGUAAAAAUUUGCUGGAAGUGCACAAUUUAAUUUCGUGCUCACAGGGCAAGAGCUUCUUGGAUUUUGUGAAGAUCAAUGCUUCAGAGUCUCCUGAACACUCUGAUAUUCAUCCUACUGGCAAGCAAAACACGAAUAAUACGACAGGUGAAGAUAUUGUUGCUCAACCUGGUGUACUUGAUAUUGAAAGUGAGCCAAUGGAUGUUGAUAGUGAGCAGGAGGCGAAAGGAGAAGAUCAAACUGAAGAAGAUGCUACGGAAGCAUCAGGUCUUGAGCAAGAAGAAGAGGCUAGAACAUUGUCUUCUGUGCAACAAAACUCAGCAGCUUUAAAACAGAAACGGAAAAAGACUUCAACCACUUUGAUGGAUCAGUGGAGCAAACGUCGCUCAGGAAGGCGCUCAGGACGCAAAGCUGAAGAAAGAGAGGAAUCAAAUUUAGCAUCUCGUUUUCGCUCUCUGCUCCCUGACUCCUUGUUGCCCAAAGAUCUAGAGGCCGAAUUAGCUAAAGCAAGUAGGAGACGGUCCCUGCGAGAUCCAAACGAAAUUCUAUCAUGGGGAGAUGAUUCCAUGGAUGCCAUUGAAUUGUGUAGACUGCUUCAGGAACGUGAUGCCAAAGAUGCUCAAAAGAGGAAACUUGGACUUCAUGCCAAGGAUAAUAUUCCGCAGCGAAUUCUUCAGGAAAGUUAUUAUGGAACCGAAAAAGAAGUAUCUGAGGUCAAGGCCAUGGUUGAGAAAGAUGGGUCUGAAACAAAUAACAUCAUUCAACUCAUUAUGAAAUUCAUCAGGCAGCUAGCAGAAAAACAUGAUCUUACAUGGCCCCCUGGACUAGUGCCCAUUUAUGUUGGCUUGUAUGAAUGUAUGCGGAAGCAUAUUUCAAGUCCAUCACCCUUUGAUGGAACUGUCCCAGGGUGUUUAAGUAUAAUAGAUGUGCUUGAAUCCCUUCUAUACUGUGAGUUGUGUGUAGAUAUGUGGCACCAAAAAAGUCUAAGUGAUUCUUAUAACCUUGGGGAAAGUGGGCUAACAUUUUCUGAAGCUCUUGGAAACAUAUCAGCUCUGUCUGGAUUAAAUCACAUCUUUACCUCUCCAUCAGAGCAGUGCAGAAUAUUACUUCGUAUCAAUUGGUUAAAAGCUCAUCUCUUCCUUUUGCUAGAAGAUUCCGCAUCUGCUAUUUAUUCCCUUCAAUGUGUUUUGGAUAGUUUGGAAAUAGUUGAAAUGGUGGGUUCUACACUAAGCUCUGUAGAUGAUUCUCACUCCAGUUCAAAAGAAAUAACUAGCACUGAUAUACAAAGUAAAACUUCUGAAGAAGUUAAGGCUGAGCAACUAUCAACUGAAGAAAAAUCUCAAAAUGAAGAAAACUUAGAUGCUUGUAUGACUGAAGAUCCGGCAGUUGCUUGUGAACAAAAUAAUCCACAUGAUCCUAACCAUAGUAUUGUUUCUCCUGGAGUGGUUAGUGAUAAGACUGAAACAGAUGGUCAAAUGAACGAAGUACCUGAGCACGAUCUCAGUAUGGUAAAAGAUGAGCAGAGUUUGGAAGAAUUAGCUUCUGCUGAAUCAGUCACUGAGAAAAAUGAAAAUGUUUCUCAAGGUGAAAUGAGUGAAGUACCUGAGCACAAUCACAGUAUCAUAAAAGAUGAACAGACUUUAGAAGAAUUAACUUCUGCUGAAUCAAUCACUGAGAAAACUGAAAUUGUUGCUCCUUCAGUAUCAAAUCUUGAAAAAGUGAAUUGUGAAAAUGAAAAUUCAUUGUUCACCUCUUUACCAUUGAAAGAAGAGAAAAUCAAUCAAAUGGAAGAAGAUACUGUGAAGGAAUCAUUGACAGAUGAAACAAGUAGCCUUCAAUCAAGAGAUACUAUUUCUCAGGAAACUGGUGCAGAAGUUGGUGAAUCCAGUAGGGCUGUGCAGUCUACCAAUGAUAAUGAAGAACUGACCAUUGAAAAGCCAGAUCAACAUGUGAAUGAAGUUAAACAAACUGAUCAGCUUCAUGAAAAUAGCCAAAAGGAACAAUAUGAGUCAGAUCCAUCUUGUAACAUACAAAUUGAAUCGAUUAGUCCCCCUCUUGAAACAGACAUGUCAUCAGGUAUUCAUAAAUCAAAUGUCGAAAGUGAACAAUCAGGGAGCUCAUCUGCACUUACAGCUAAGACGAAACCAUUCAUUGUUAUUUUGCCCAAUUGUUCUGUCAAUCAAGAAAUAACAAAACGGAGUACUCAAAAGCUUCUUACCUCCCUAACUAGGCAACAACAGCUGAGUGAAAUAGAUGAUUUGUAUCAAAGUAGACAGUAUGAACUACUGGCUGGUACCUUAAAAGAGUGUUUCAAAUUCUGUGCACAGCAAACCGAUAAUGAUAAUUCAGAAAUUGAUAAUCUGCCUGACAGAGCAACUCAAAUGGCAAUGCUUCUGGAUUCCUUAUGGCAACUCAAAAAGUACCCUGACUGCUUUUACUGGGGAGAAGCGUGCCUUCAUGAAGCCUUCAAUCGUUACCUCAACUCAACUGAUUCAGACAAUGCAUCACAAGACCAAGAAGACCAUCAAAUGUGGGCAACUGCAGUUGAAAGGUUGUUGGCUGGCUUGAAUGAUUGCCUUAAAAUGGCUGGCCUGAAAUUGAUGGAAAAGUUGCCAAAGAACUGUCUUACUCGUUUGGUACAAACACUGACUACAAUACUUUGCCAUCAGUUGGAACAAAGUGAUUGUUCUGUUGGAAUGGCAAUUGAAUGCACCACACCAUGGGUCAUCCUACACAGGAUUGUGUUCUUUGAAGAACAGCAGCACCCUAUUGAGCAAGAUUGUGCCCCUUCGCACAUAGAAGUUCUUUUUGAAGCUCAUGAAUAUAUGGCUAAGAAGGGCCGCUGCUGUCUAAAUGAAGGUAUUCUUUUAAACCUCAUUUUAGAUGUUGUUGUCACCCACCUACAAACUGAGAAACGAGAAAGAGUACGUGACCAGCUUAAUCACGAAGUAGACCAGGCAAUCCUAUGUCUUUAUGGGCAUCCAAAAAAGCCGGUGGAGAGAAGCAGAAAAAGGCUUCGAGACCAUGGAGUGCAUCAACAAAUUGAAUUAACCUGGGAUAGAAGUUUAGCAUUGUUGAGGUUUUAUGAGCCGGAUGAACUUCCUACCUUUGAUUCUAUUUCAAAGAUUACUCCUGAAGAAGAGCAGCUUUUCUUGAAAAUUUCACAGCUGGUUCCCAAUGAAAGCAAUCCCAAUCGUUACUUGAGUAAGGUGAAAGCAUUCCUCAAGGGAUCAACAAAAAAUUUACCCGAAGUACAAUGUUCUAUUCCUCAAGCAGCUUGUAACCUUUAUUACCACUUGGCAAACUAUUAUAUGAAGACUUUCAAGUGGGAACCAGCAAUCAAGUAUUACAUGCUAGAUGUAUGUCUUAACCCACAUCGUUUUGAUUCUUGGGCGGGAAUGGCGCUUGCAAGGGCUGCUGCUCUGACAAGUGAUUUGAACUCCUGUGACACUUUUGAUAAUGAUGUUCAGUUAAAUCGUAAGACCAAGGCUCAGCGGUGUUUCCAAAGGGCUGUUGAUUUAGAUCCAGAAAAUACUACAAUGUGGAUUGAAUUUGGAAGUUUUGCUUACACAGUGCAUUCAUUCUGUUCUCGUCUUUUGAAAACCGAAACUGAUAGUCUUAGCAUGGAAAUGUUUACAAAAAUAGAGGAGGAAAAAGACAAAAUGUUGGGUAUAACGGAACAAUGUUUCAAAACUGUUGAAAAGCUUGACCAGGAAGAACCUUGGCUCCCACAAUAUAUGUUAGGCAAAGUUGCAGAGAAACGUGGGGAAGCCCCUGUUGUAUUCUUACAACACUAUAGAGCGGCAGCAAAACUUCUGUUUGACUCGAACGCAGUAUAUCCUUUAAGUCUGAACUAUGAUCCACCACAACACUAUGCUUUUGAAGCACAUGAGGUGCAUUAUCGAAUUCAUGCAUCAAUUUUAAAACACUUAGAAUUAAUGGAAGGAAAAUGCCUUAGUGAAGAAAUAGAAGUCCUGUAUAAUGAAACUCUUGAUGAGGCAGCAAAAGGCCCUUUUAUGGCUGCUCGAGGAAUACCACAACAAACAUUUGCAAAGAGGCAAUCCGUGGACCCAGUGGAAAACAUGGUAAAAAAGAUAAAGUUGGAUGAAUCUGUUGUGAUGAUAGAUCAUAACACAGAGCAGGAUAGCCAACUACCAAAAACAGAAGAUAAGGAUGUUGCUGUUAACAUGGACAGUAAAAGCUCUAUGGAAGUUGUGCACAGUGGCCAAGAGAUCAACCUAAGUCAAUCAGAUAACUCUUUGGUCACCACAAAUGGUCAGCCAAAACAAAUAGACCUAUCAAAGAAGGAUGUCAUGCCUUCUGUAACUAACAUCUCUGAGAAUAUGGAUACAGAUUGUGAGAUUACGUUAGGAACUGCCAGCAAUUCUAGUGCUAUAGAAGGAAAAUCUGAUGAGACUUCUCCCAAGGAAACUGAAUCUGAGAGUUGCCAAACUAGCCAAGUAGGUGCUGAAGCAAAGGAAAAAGACAAUAUUGUAGUCAAAGAACCAGGCAGUUCAUCACCUUCAUCUUACUGCUCGAACAGUGAAGCAAUUGCUGUUGAACAAUCUACCCAGGACAGUGUGGCACAAAAGAGCAGCUCUCAGGAUUCAACAAAGGAAAGUAGAGAUGCACCUUCUUUUGUUAAACCUGUGGUGGAUCAAAAGUCUCCAAGUGAAAGAAGUUUGAAUCAUGCAGACUUGAUUAAUCAAUGCCUAGUGGCCAUGGAAGAAUGCCUAGCACGUUACCCAAGACAUUACAAGUCUUUUUAUAGAUUGUGCCACCACUAUUUCCGGUCAAAGCAUCAUCGUAAUUAUAAAAAGUGUCGUCAGCUUUUACUUGGCGAUAAUAGAUUAUCUCAAUCCACUAAACUCAUAAGUGGACUUUUCAAAAGCAAUGGUGUUCAUUCCAUGUUUAAUGAUGUUUGGCGGAUCCCUAUUGAAGAAAUUGAUCGUGCUGGCAGUUUUGCAUCACAUAUGAGUAGAUGUGUUCAUUUGCUAAUGGAACUGUUACGAGCCUUGCGAGACCAUGCUUUUCUUUUAAAAUUAAGUAUCUUCCUAAAAAGAGAUCCGGAAAAAAAAGACAAGAAAUACUUACGUGACAAUGAACGAGCUGAUUUGUCCAAGCAAGCUCUUGUUUUGUGCUUAGCUGCCAUGCGAGAAUGUGUCAAUGAGACUCGAACUGCAGACCAUGUAAUUGAGUUGUAUCGUACUGUAAAAGAUGGUAUUAAAGAAUUGCCGCUGAAAGAAGCAGCUUUUAAGGGACUGCUGAGUGAUGCUUACAAAAAAUUCAAGGGGGAUCAGGGUGACCAGCAGUCUUACUAUGAGGCAGCUGUUGAUUUCUGCUCGAAAGAAUUGAGUAGUCGAAGGGCCAUUGCUGAUGCCAAAGCAAGAGCACAGGCACUAGCACAAGCUCAGCAAGGACAAGUUCACUCUCAAGUGCAGGUGCAAGCCCAGGUUCAAGAUCAAUUACAAGCGCAAGCCCUGGCACAGGCCAUGCAGAUGGGGGUGAUGUCAUCAGCCUUACCAUUCAACCCAUUAUCACAGAGGUUCCCAGCAGUGGGCAACACUCCUCUCAGAAAUCCUUUGGCAGAUGCCAGAGCAAACGCUAUGGCCAACGCCAUGGUGAGUUCCAUGGCAACUUCCAUGUUCCUGCCGCAGAUGCCACUGUAUCGUGGGCGAGGCCGGCCCCCCAAAGCCCAACAACGGCUGCACAAUGCUAUGAUGAACAUGGCUCACAUGAUGGGCCUUGCGAACGUGAACGUGGCAGGGGCGCCGUCCGGGCAAAGCUCCAUGGAUAGUUCCAAGCCUAAAGUGAUGAAACAACAGCAGAAACAGCGGCGUCCUCAGCAAGGCACUGGUGCCCAAACGACUGUCGUAUCAUCUAUCAUUAAAGACCGUCCAGCACUUUCGAUCACAGCUUUACAGGCCAAUAAAUCAACAGGUCAGAGUACAGGUUCUGCCUCCACACCUCCCCCAACUUCAACAUCUGCUCCACCUGUGAGGACAGGAAGUCCUUACCCAAACACAACAAUGAGUAUGGGAGAUGUUCUGAUGACUGGUCAAACUGGAUGGCAACAAAGGCCUCGUCAUAAUGUGCCCAGACCCAUGCCUGGUGCAACUGAUCCUCGAAGCAUACUCAAUCCCAAUUCGGGUGCGGUGAGGAAAGAAGGCCCGAGACUGAAAGGACCCGCGACCAGCGCUGGUGCCUUUUCACCUCAGCCGAGACCUUUUGCACCUCAAUCACAGACUAAUGCACCGCUCAACAAUCCUGCUGCUCUCCUCUCUCGGUUGCCUGGAUUGCAAAUUAAACAAAGGGCGCAACCCACUUCACCUCAUCAGCAAGAAAUGCCAACUCCUAGGCCUCAGCCCCCCAAUAAGCUUCAGAAGACACAAGCUUCAAGUGGGCAGACGUCUAAUUCAGCCAUAUCAAUUAGCAAAAUUUCUUCGUCCUCAUUACAUUCCACACCAGGCAGUGACUCUGCGGAAAACUCAGAAACCAAGAAGAGAGCUGACCCAAACUUUGAUAUAAUAACCCUAGAUUAAUUCCUUUAUUAAAUUAAGUAUUGUUUCCCAGUUGUCUGUGAUAUAAUUGAGGCACAUUGUGUACUGAUGUUGAUUGAAACAGCUUUGGUGUAAAUUACAACUGUUUAUAAACAGUUUAUAAAUUCAUCUCAUUUAAGAUUAAGGAUUGUAAGUGCUUUUUUUACUGUGUUAACAAAGUUCAAUUGAAUUCUUUUCCAUUGUGUGGUUCUGUAUUGUGAGAAGGUUAAUUAGUCAGGAUCAUGUCUGAUUGCAAAUUUUAAUGAUGCGAAAUAAUCCAUUACAAUAUCUCUUAAAUGCUAACUACUCUUUUUGAUUUCAAGAAAAAUGGGGUAAACAAAACAACCAAACUGUAUAUAUGUUCUUACUUCACAUCACAAGGAGAAGUAUGUCCAGUUAAAUAACACAGUUUUCCA